CUGCAGGAGGUAGAACCCCGUGUGGCAAAGCGGCGCUUGUCACAGGCACGCCACCGGGCUGCGCUGGCACAACUCUUCAGCGGCCUGCGGGAAGCUGUUUUAUCCCAGUCAGACAACUCGGCCUCAAAGUAUCAGGUUUUGCGUAAGGCUAAGAAAUCUAUCCAGAAGCUGGAGCAAACCUUGGGUUCUUUGCUGAAGAUGAAAGAGUCCUUCAGCCUGGAGGAUGGGAACCCAUCCAGCUUGGAGGAAGUCAGGGAGGAAUAUGUCAAGAGGCACUUCAGCAAUCACAGCACUGCAUCAGCCUCGGAACCUGUGAGUGAGAAUGACUCUACUGUCUGGUAUUUGAUGCAAGAAUGUGAAAAACAAACAAUGGAAGAGGAUGGGAAGACAGAAUUUUUUCAGUCUCCAGACACUUCAUCCCUGGAUGUGGUGGAAUUUGAACGAUACCUGUGUUUUUAUAAGCACACAGUGGACCUGCUGAUAGAGCAUGGAAUUGUUUGCACUGAGGAGGUACCUCUUCCUGAGGUCUCCACGGCCAUUUCCCACCUCUGGCAAGAGCUUUCUGAAGAAAGGAGAGAAAGCAUCUUGCACUACUAUAGCCAGAGAGAUUUCCUCAUGGAUCCUAAGGCUGCUUGCCAAGAGCCUGCGUGCACUGAAGGUAGUGUGAGGGACAGCCAAGGUAACAGUGAGGAAGCCAGUGGUUCCUCAGACUCCACACCAGAGGAAGUAAUGUUUGAAGAUGCAUUUGAUGUUGCUGCUGGUUUCCUUGACAGAAGCAAGACUCAGGGAAUGUCUAGCCAGAGUUUGGCAUUUGCAAGCUGCACUUCUGACAAUCCAGAGGAUCACCACAGACUCUAUCUGCAGAUCACUGACUUCCUAAAAAGCCUCUUCUUUGCUAAUACACAGUUUUGCCAGGAAGAAGAUCUUCAGUUCGAUUAUGAGACUGUGAUGUUGAGGUGCACCGAGACCUUCGAUGAUGAAGAUUUCUAA